GUAACUGGUAGCGUAACGUGAGAGUUCGCUCCCCUUAGCAUUGUGUACUAGCGACUUGUAACCUAACCUGACCGUGGAGUUGACGUCUUGUUGUAGUGUGGGGUUGAGACGUGUGGUAGUGAGGUUAGAAGUGGGUGUCGUUGUGUGGAGUGGACGUCAUUUUUAUUUCCAACGACGGAUGUGUUAAGGUGUCAUGUGAUAUACAGGUGGAAGUGCAGGUUGUCUACCCUUGAAGGCCAUGACGAAAGUGAAAACCAUUUUGGCUGAGUUCUGCUCACCCAAAGACAUCCUAGCUAUCAACAGACUGGGCCUUAUCAAGAAUGACGAAAGGGAUACACAGCCCGUACCCUGGAGACAUAGACUGCCAAAUUCGGAGAGACGAGAUCUCGUCAGGAGCGAGAUGACGCUGAGACCGACCACCAAGGUACACGCCAGAGACAAGGCCCGCGCCGUCCACACUGCCAGGAACCCCAAAGACUCCAAGAUGGGGGAGUGUCUGUUGAACAAUCACGUGAGGGGUGACCCCCUGCUGGGGUCAAACCUUGGCCAGAUCAACAGGAACCAGAAGAGGCGGGAACAAGGACUGGAACAGUCGAUGGAACUGUUCUUGAGGAAGUCCAACUGUCUCAGUCACGAGCCGCUGAUAUUGGUGGAGAGAGCACCGUCACAGAGUGUCCAGACCCGAGCAGCAUUAAUGCGUGAGUUCCAUCUCGACCCGGAAGCGAUUCUCAAACCCCGGUACAUGCGCCCCCUGGUGUCUAGAAGCAGGACCCCGUCCACACUGGUCACCAUCGAGGCCUUCACCGUCCAGCGGAAGUUGAAGAAGAACAUCUGGGACGAGGCCAUCGACGAGACUCCCAAGUUCACCAGCACGUCAAGGCCGUCUGCUCGCCUGACCAAGGAGGAGUUUGACCAGCUGCAAGCCGGUUACAGCUCCCACAAGCCCACGGCACAGCAGCUCAAAGCUGGGGUGACCGGAGCUGUGGACAAGCCGAGGUCAGCGGGUUCAAGGCCGAGGAGUGUCAGGCCGAAUUCUGUUUUUAUUACGCAGAUGACGUAUCGAGAUUCUAGGUCAGAGGUCAAAAGCUAGGAUUCGGGAAAAAAAUAAAUCUUAUAAAAUCUAAAAUUUCGAUGGAUUAAAAGAAUAACAAAGAAAUGGAACAGUGACAUAUAAAUAAGAGCUGCAUAAAGUUUAUGCUUUUUUUUUUCAUCGAUACACAGAUUCAAAGAAACAUUGACAAAAACAAACUGUAAAUUAAUAUUUGAAAGGUAAGAACAGUGCACAUGGUGUACCCAAUCACGUGAUGUUACAGGGGUGUACCAAGUCACGUGAUGUUUGAGGGGUGUACCAAGUCAUGUGAUAUCUGAAGCAUAUUGCCUACUUAGUCAUGUGAUGUUGACUACCUGCUGCAGAGCAAAAUCACAACAUUUCAGCUCAAAGAAAAUACUGCGAGGGCUGUCGCAACAGCUACAGUGUAUAAUAAUAUAUGUUUUUUUUUAAAGGGAGUGUUUGUAUUGUAAUACAUGUAUGAGGUUUUUAUUUAUAUUUCCGGUCGCAUGUAUGAAUGGGACCGAUAGAAGGAGCACCCGCGAAACUCGAUUUACAGACGACAUCCUUUUUCUCAGACCAUAUUAUCAAUCUUAUCCUUUGAUUCAUCUUCAGUUGUUCUUUUCAGAGUCCUAAGUGACUGAGUUUGUAAAUUAUUACGACAGCCUAUUAUAAAUAUUACAGUUUAGCACAUUUAUAUUUUAAAUGUUUUAAUUAAAUUGCUUAUACUGUUUAUUUCAGUCAGUAUAAAUGUUAUAUCUUUUUCUGGUAUUAAUUUUGAUUUUUUAUGUAAAUUUUAACGUUAUAUUUUAUUAUUUUUUUAUUUUCACCUAAAAUCUAUUUUUUUUAAUCCAGGGGAAAGAAUUCAUUUUUUGUUUUGUACUCUGCUAUUUCAUUGUAGCGUCCCUUAGAAUAUACUUUACAAAAAGUCAUUCCACAAAAAAUAGUUAAUGAUGACUUACAACACUACAAACUUGUUUUAUUUUUAAAAAUCAAAUUUAGUUAUAAGUUUAAACAUUAUUUCUGUAAACACAUAAGUGUUUUUAAUAGAUGCUGUAGUAAAAAGCAUUACAUAUUUGCUUAUAUUUUCCUUUACAUUUUUCUGUUUUUGGGGUUUGAUUGUUUCUUUAAGUAAUUAGCUUGUGAUACGGACAUUCGGUCACCUUUUAAUACUGUUUUAUAGCUCGAUCUAAUAAGUUACACGGAGUGUCUAGAGAGACUAUCUAAGGAAUGAAAUCAUUUAAGAUAUCUAAUAGAGAACUGAUUUAAUCCCGCAGCAUGUUAACUGUGUUGUCCCUAGAUGUGAUUGGCCAUAUUGCUGACCACACUAUCCCCUUAUAAGCCGAGGUCACAGAAACAGGUGAACUCUGCUUCUUUUGCCCCGUGGACCAUCAGGUUCAAAAAGGGUACUUUAAUUUAGUAGUUACUGGCUGGAAUGUGUUAUACUUCACAAAAUCCGAAUGUCACUCCCAAAAUCACACAAACACACAGACACACACACGAAUACACUUACAUACACAUACCUUAUUUUUAAAAAUACGUUGUAAAAACAUAUACGUGCUGCAAUAUUACAAAACUAUAUUUCGUUUUUUGUUUUUUUUUUAAUAAAUAAUGUACUAUUGAUUUUUUUAUUUUUUAUUUUUGUGUCUUCAUUAUGUUAGAAUCUUCCUAAACUGGAUGUA